GAUUAACGUCACUUCCGGGGUCAGUCAAACGCUAUGGCCACUAACGCGGAGCAGAGGCGGCGGCCGGGAGUUGGGGUCGGCGUGGUGGUGCUGAGCUGCGAGCAUCCUCGUUGCGUCCUUCUGGGGAAAAGGAAAGGGUCGUUUGGAGCCGGCAGUUUCCAGCUUCCUGGGGGCCACUUGGAAUUCGGUGAGACCUGGGAAGAAUGUGCUCAGAGGGAAACCUGGGAAGAGGCUGGGCUUCGCCUGAAAAAUGUGCGCUUUGCUUCGGUGGUAAAUACUUUUGUUGAGAAGGAGAAUUACCAUUAUGUCACCAUAUUAAUGAAAGGAGAGGUGGACGUGACUCACGAGUCAGAACCAAGGAAUAUGGAACCAGAAAAGAAUGAAAGUUGGGAGUGGGUUCCCUGGGAAGAGUUUCCUCCCUUGGACCAGCUUUUCUGGGCUCUCCGUUGUCUAAAAGAGCAAGGCUAUGAUCCAUUUAAAGAGGACCUGAACCACCUGGAAGGGUACAGAGGAAAGCACCUUGAAAAGACACCAAGAUUCCUUGAUUAAAAAAAAAAA